AUGGCGAAUUGUCGCCAUGAUUUUAAGUUGAUUUUCCUGGUUUUCUGUAUUUUAUCAGUAACACUAGCUGGAAGGUGUAAGAAUGGUGGUAAAGAGAACCAAGUCGGAGGUUGUGAUUGUACACCAUGUCAUAGGGGAGAAACUUGUGAAGAGAAAGUUAAUAAACAACCCAAAUUUGAAACGGACCAACAAGAAGUAACGGUAGACACAGAAUACAGGGAAAAUGAACUGGUUUAUGUGGCUUCAGCCUACGACAAAGACUCAGAUGAAAUCUGUAAUGAUGUUCCAUCGUGUCCGUGUGGUGAAAUAACUUAUGGAAUCGAGUUUGGAAAUGAAGACAAUAUAUUUACUAUUGAUCCGACUUUGGGAAUUAUUCGGCUAAAUGGACUUCAAGAUAUACGAGAAAAUGAAAGGCGUGAACUUGUCUUGUCAGCUCGCAAUGCAUUUGAUGAAUCUGGAGCGUCCACAAUGGUAUUGGGAGUUCGUGGUAAAACGCAUACAGCUAACCAGUACAGCGCUGAAAUUAACAAUGGAUAUGAUGGCAGUUAUCAUGUCGAAACUUCCUCACACGAACGAAUAAAAAGGUCUGUCAAUGCGCCAUCUAACGUGACAUUUGACCUACAGAAAGAAGCCACACAUGCUAGUUUAACAGUAAUAAAGCCUGGACAAAGAAUUGGAUUUAUACUGAAAAUUCAUUUUCCAGCUGGUACCACAGAUAUGUUGGUGGAGUUGUUUGCUCCUGAUAACAAUUCUAUAGUUAUGAUGUUGUGUGACGUUAGAAUUGAUUCUGUUGGUGGUAAUCUUAAUUAUGACGGACCUGGCGAUAUAAAACUCGAAUCCAAAAAUAACUCGAUCUUUUAUGAUUGGGCAGUAAUUGACUUUGGAAAUGUAACGAACGAUGGAACUUCACCUAGUGAACAUUCAAUUGUUAUCAAGUAUGAUGCCGUUAUGAUCCAGAACGAGGACACACAACACGGAAAUACUUACUGGGUUAGCGCCGGGGCCGAAUACAAUGAGGAGAAUGAAGUCUGGGUGGGACAGGCAUCUUUUACAUCGGACCUAACAGAUCCAUGGGAUUCAACAAGCAACAAACCUAAGUUCAACUUCAGCGGACCAAAUACGCUAGCAGUUGGCGAAUCUGCUAUAUUUGCCGUAGACAUGUAUAUUACCUAUCCAUCUAUUGGUCUCGGGUUUGAUGCCUUUGCUCCUCUGAACGAUACGAGUAUUAUGUCAGUUUGUGGGAUCCAGAUUGAGGGAGUAGGUGUCAAUUAUCAAUGUGGAUUUGACUUCACGGCUGUACCCUCAAGUCUUCAUCAGGAUGGACAACCUCGCGGAAAUGCACGAGGUCACUUAGACAUUGGCAUGACUACAAAUAAAGGUAUAAGAGAUGAACCAAGUUCAGUUGAGCCCAAUCUUAUUCGAGUGGAAUUUGUAAUGAAAGUGUGGGAUGACGUCACUGCUUUAGGCCUUCACAGUAUCGGUGCUGCAUUAGAACUUGGAUCAGACCAAAUCUGGUGUGGACAAAUUGAUGUAACUGUAGUGGCCAGAAAAACUGCGGAUAUACCAUCACCGUCCGUGUCACUUGCUUUUGUUGGAAACGUUACUGAGGUAUCCGAAAGUCAACCUGUAGUCAUCGAAAUUACAGCUGAUGUGGGUUUGAGCACUGGAGACUUUAAACUGGAUGCACAAUCCCCACUCGAUGGAAGUAGCAACCCUAAGCUUCAAGUCUGUGCCAUCACAUUUGUCAGAGCUGGAGAAAAUAUGCCAUGUGUUGAGACUGACAGAGAAGCUGUAAUGUCAUCAAGGGGCAACUUACCUCUCCUGACAGACACUGCUACUCUUGAUUUAGGAGUUCUUACCAAUGUUGGCAAUUGGGGAUACUUUAACCAUUCCCGCAAUGAUACCCGCAACAUCAUGGUUUUGCAAGUUCUGGUAAAGGGGACUGAAUUUACAACUGCUACCCAAACCCUUGACAUCGGUUUAACAUCUGGUUCUGGAACUCGCAGCUCGUUAGACACUAUUGUCAUCAAUAAAGCGGCAUCAUCAUCCCUACCAGAAAUCACCGAGACUCCAACUAUGAAUCUGACAUACAAAUACUCAUCAGGCACAGUUAGGAUCGGUGAAGCCGUUACCAUGUUUUAUGAUAUAUCCACUGUCCGAGGGAAGACCUUCCCUAAAUUUGACAUGGAAUUCAUAGCUCCUAACUCUUCAGAUUCCGCCAUUGUUGCAAUCUGUAGAGCCGAGGCAAUUAAAGUUGGAAAAAAUACACCUUGUCUGACAAAAGAAGGCAUUAAUUCCAAAUGGCAGUAUGUCUCUCAAUUCAACGAGUCUGCUGUUGAUAGAGCAACCCUGGAACUGGGUUCCAUAUGUAAUUUUGAGGUUAAAGAUAUAGACACUGAAGACGUUCUUGUCUUAUCAGCAGUAUUUCAACUCAAGCCACACCCUGAUGCCACCAACGGGAAGCAGAUGUACCUUAGUGCUGGAUCUAUGUAUACAGAUUCAAAGAUGUGGAUUGGCCAGCUCUCUAUGACUGUUGAUACAUCUCCUUACCCUGCACCUCCGACUCUAAAAAAGCCUGAAUUGUACGUAUCAAAGGUUGGUGAAUUUAACGCAGCCAGUACACCUAUAGGAUAUCCAGCAACUUACGAAGUACUGAUACAGACUUACCCAGGAGAAACAAUUGACCUGAAACUUAUCUUAAGCACAACCUCCGACAAGAUUAGUUUUUGCGCCAUUAAAAUCAAGGCUGUUGGUAACAACAUGCCAUGUGUUGAUCAAACUAUUAAAGGUGUCAUAACCAAAGAUGCAGCGACUGGAUUGAACAAAGACGCCGAACUAACAGUUGGCCCCGUCACAAAUGUUGGCGAUAUUGCUGAUAAAACUGAUUCAGGAAAUAGUACUUUUGGUAUCAACUCAUUGGUGUUUGAGGUUAUCGUGCAGUCAUCUACUGGAGCUGCAGAUGCAGAAAAUCUGCCGUUCUCAGUAGCAACAAACGGUGUGAUCACCCCUGUAAACAAUAACAAUUUGGUGGUUACUUCAGAUGAAACUGGAAUUUCCAUGAUGGGAAAUGCAACUGGAAUAGAUUUUAAUGUAGCGGCCGUGGUCGACAGUGAUGCCGAUUAUGAUGUCUAUAAAGGACAAGCUAAAAAAUUCUUCAUUGACAUCGAUACACAACUAGAUACAACACAACGCGUCACAGCGCAGAUCAUGACUGAAAUUGGCGAUUUAGGUCACUUUGAAAUAGCUUACAUUGGGUUGGUGGAGGUAGGAGAAAACCUCGGAUGUGUUUCUCGAGAAAUGACUACUAGCGCAUAUGAAAAGAGACCAUCAAGUUCCUAUUUAGAUAUCGGUACAUUAAAUCUUGGUUAUGUGUGUAACACUGGAAUAAACAGAAAUGAUUCUGAAGCAAACAAGAUACGUAUUGAAGCCUAUGCACGAUUGUUAAACAACCCAUCUCUAAAUGUUGGUGAUACCGUCAAACUGAGUGCAGCCGUUAAUUUUAAUGAUCAACAGAUAUUCAUUGCCCAGAAAGACAUGACAGUAAAGAAUGUUAGUGAAUUUAACGACCUUGUUACGGUGAACGCAACUCUGACUAAUGCUACGGCUAUCAAUGUAAAUCGUACAACCCCAAUCGUUAUGACCAUAGCACAAGUUGAGAAAAUACCAGUCAUUCUGAAUAUUCCACCAUUCACCGUGUCAAGAGUCCAGUUUGAUAUCGACCUACCAAUGUCACCUACCUCGGCUUCCAUGACUUUUAAAAGUCUACAGAUUGUUGGAAGUGGACAAAAUCUUUGUCGAUACGGAUACACCGAGGACUUCAAAAUAACCGAACAUUCCACGAUGAGUACGACUCAGAUAAAUAAAGUGUUUGUGGAUAUGGGAAUAGUCUCGAACAUUGGAAUUACACACAAACUGGUCACCGCAGUUCCUGAAGAUGAUAUUAUUUACGCCGAGGUUGAAGUUCAAAUGGCGGACAGUGACACAAAUGAUCAUAAUGCAGAGAUGUGGCUUGGGCUAGGUGCCAAGAUUGCUUCAUUCAUCAUUGUUUCUGAACACAAAGUGGAAGUUAGCCGGGACGGAUCUGAAGUGCCAGUUUUUAACUUCACUGCUUCUUACGACCCCGAUAAUUCUACAGAUGUCUACGCCGAAAUUGAUAUUGUACUGGAGCACGCAGCAACCUCAACAGCGGAAUACCAGAAUACAGUUAUGAAAUUUAAUACUCCGCCUUAUUUGGAGUAUAAAGAUAUCCCAGCAGCAAGCCUUACGACACCUUCAGUGACUAAUAUCAAUAACAAUGCCAUAGAGAUCAACUUGGGCAGAUUUUUCUUCACUGACAAAUUGGAGAUGACAGUGGCGUUUGAAGUGAACUCCACCUAUGGUGUUCCGCCAGGUAUCAGUACAGCCCCAGCUGUAACAGGCGUUGAAAUAAUCUGUAACAUGGUAGAAAGAAACACCCCAACUUUCAAAAACGGUUCUGAAGAAUUUACAUCUGGUUUCAUGACAGUGAGUGGAACUUACACCACAACUCCCAAAGCAUCUGGAGCAUCGUGCACAGCAGGCAUUAUUGCCAACAUAGAAACUUGUCAGUUGUCCUCUUCUGGUGAUGACAUAGCUACUCCCGACAAUGCUGUAUUUACCGGCACAGGUUGGGUACCACCAGUAAGAGAAGGAACAUUGGGGAAACUACGUUAUUUACAAUAUGAUUUUGGAGAAAGGGUAUCUUUAACUCAAGUAGACUAUAAACAUACUAAAACUGCAAAAAUAAGCAAAAUACAACUUCGGUACAGUAAUGACGGAAAAUCUUUCUUGGACGGCCAACUGCUGACCAUAGGAGCGACAGACGGAUUUGUAUCUGUUAACAGCAUAUUGAAAUACAAGGUCCUGCGUCUGUAUAUUGAUGAUGUUACAUCACCUGACAAAGAGGUAGGACUGACAGUUCAGUUUACAGGCUGCUAUGUAGACUCUACACCAACUACAUUUACUUGUCCAGCAACACCAACAAUUCCAGCAGAGUAUGCUAGGCGAUCUUUUGUUGCUGAUGCUACCCAAGUAUAUGUAUGUGACGGUACGCCAGGAAAGAGAAGUGAAAUAGACACAAUGUGUUUUGCAUCUCCAGAUGGAGAUACUUGGAAAGCACUAGAUAACAGAGUGUCGUGUAUGGUAGGCCACAAUCAAGAUCCUAAAGGGGAUGAAAGACUCUAUGCUUUGUCCCACAACUACCAAUACAUGACAUCAAUGGACAAGGGAGAAACUUGGCAAGUGGUUGAAAAGAACCACGUUGACCAAGUUAAGACUAUGAGUACAUAUGUUCAAGCUGUGAAGGUCCCAUGGACUGGAACACCAGCAGAUACAAAUAAAUCUCUUUUAGCCUGGCAGAGUGCUUACUAUGGCAUGAGUCCUACAGGUACUUUUGUUAAUAAAUUCAAGUGGGAUACAUGCUGUCCUUAA